AUGCUAUUCACUAAGUAUUAUUUAAUAGGAAUAAUAAUAUAUAUUGCUUUAAUUAAUUCAAUUUAUACAUAUUCUAAUCAUUAUUAUAAUGGACUUUUAGAACAUUCUAGAAAAAAUUCAUAUGACGCUAUAAACUUUCCAUUGAAAACAAUUCAUGGACGUAAAUAUGAUAUGGAAGAUGGAGCUGGAUUUGUACCAGAUAAUUAUGGUAAUCAUGAUAACCACGAAGAUGAAGAUUAUGAUUCAUAUCAUAGUAAUAAUUAUGAUGAUGGUGAAGAGCAUAAUUAUGGUCACGUUAAUUUAGCAGAACAAUCAAUGAAUAAAUUAAAAGAGUUAAAACGUCGUAAAUACAAUGAAUAUUAUAAAAAAGAUGAUGAAGAAGAAGAGGGAGAAUAUGGUAAACAUGAUGAUGAUAAACCACAUGAAUAUCCAAAUGAAGAAUCACCACAACGAUCAACUGAAGCGCCGAGAAGAACUACAACCAGGCCAAAUUUGUUGGCAGAGUAA